AUGUCUUACUACCCGGGCCAGGGCGGCUACGGUGCUCAACAACACGUCGGCGCUGGUUACGGAUACCCUCCAUCGGUCUCUCCACGACCAUACCCUCCUCAAGGCUACUCUCAAGGUCCAUAUCCUCCUCAGUCGCACUCGCCACAGCCCUAUCCUCCUCAAGGUUACGGACCUCCUCCACCACAGGCCUAUGGCGCUCCUCCAGGCUAUGGUCAACCAUCACCACAAAUAGCUCCGUACGGCUAUAACAAUCCCCCUCCUCCACAGAGCGGCGGUUAUGGCGGUUACGGAUCGCCUCCUCCGCAACCAAAUGGAUACCCAGGCCCUCGACCCGGAAUGCCAGCCUACAACCAGUAUUCACAAGGCAACUCCAGCGGCCCUCGUCCGCCUCCGACGGCCCCUCAACAGUUCGGCCAUGGUGCCCCUGCAGGAUAUAGCUUCCAGUACUCGGCAUGCACAGGAAAACGGAAGGCGUUGUUGGUCGGAAUCAAUUACUUUGGUCAACGAGGACAACUGCGAGGAUGCAUCAACGAUGUUAAGAACAUGUCGACGUAUUUGAACCAGAAUUUCGGUUAUGCCAGGGAAGAUAUGGUCAUCUUGACGGAUGACCAACAAAAUCCCAUGUCACAACCGACCAAAGCCAACAUCUUUCGGGCAAUGCACUGGUUGGUCAAAGACGCCCGCCCCAAUGAUUCACUGUUCUUCCAUUACAGCGGUCACGGCGGUCAAACACCCGAUCUGGAUGGAGACGAAGAAGAUGGUUACGAUGAGGUCAUCUAUCCCGUUGAUUUCCGAACAGCCGGUCAUAUCGUGGACGACGAAAUGCAUCGCAUCCUCGUCAAAUCGCUGCCGGCGGGAGUCAGACUGACGGCAAUUUUCGACUCGUGUCACUCCGGAUCGGCCUUGGACCUGCCAUAUAUCUACUCCACUCAAGGAGUGCUCAAAGAGCCCAAUCUGGCCAAAGAAGCAGGCCAAGGGCUUCUGUCCAUUGUUUCGUCGUAUGCUCGUGGAGACUUGGGCGGUAUGGCUUCGACAGCGAUGGGAUUAUUCAAAAAGGCAACCAGUGGCAAUGCUACAUAUGAGCGCAACAAACAGACCAAGACCAGUCCGGCCGACGUGAUCAUGUGGUCUGGCAGCAAAGACGAACAAACCAGUCAAGAUGCGCAAAUCAACGGAGAAGCCACAGGGGCAAUGAGCUGGGCGUUUGUGACCGCUUUGAAGAAGAACCCGCACCAAAGUUACGUGCAGCUACUCAACAGCAUUCGAGACGAGUUGGCAACCAAAUAUACGCAGAAGCCUCAAUUGAGUGCCUCACAUCCUCUGAAUACGGAUUUGUUAUAUGUAAUGUAA